AUGGCCGACGGUAACAAUUUAAAUGUGACGAAAGUACAGCAGCAGCCAAGUCUUCCGAAGCUAGAGUCGCUUCAGAGGGUUGCCAACAUACCCAUCGUGAAGUCUAGUAUUGAUGUCACGGAGAAGAUUUACUUCAAGAUCAGGGAAUCAAAUCCUUUAAUACGUUGGUAUUUAAUACUGGGCGAGAAGUCGCUAGCUACUGGCACUCAAUUGGCACUGCCUGCUGUUCAUCUCCUGGAGUCACCUAUAAACCAACUUGACAAAUUUCUUUGCAAGUCGCUAGAUGUCGUGGAGAAGAGAGUACCCUCAAUAUAUUUGCCACCUCAAGCAAUGUACUCGGAAACCCGCCAAUACGUUCUGCGCAGGGCUGACUCUGUAAAACAGUUGGGGACAGCUGUGUUAGAUUCUCGUGUAACUGCGGUCACUGCUAAUGUUUUGGAUCGCGCCCUCACUACAGCUGACAAAUACGUGGACAAAUAUUUACCGCCAGACUAUCAAGAUGCUGCCGAUGUGGCGAUCAUAGUGACGAGCGCGGAUGCCGUGGACGGGUCGGAGUCGGGGCGAGCGCGAGCGGCUCAAGCCGUACAACACGGGGCGAGGCUAAAGCGUAAACUUCAGAGGCGCCUCACGAGACAGGCCCUCGCUGAGGCCAAGGCUAUAAAGGAACAGAUACACGUGCUUGUGUAUGUGGCUGAAUUGGUUGCCACAGAUCCUGUACUUGCAUGGCAGAAGGCCAAAGAACUCUACGCAUCUUUAAGCCAGCCUGAGCCAGAGAACCAGGCCCGUCCCGACACUCUUGAACAGCUUCUAGUUAUGCUGUCUCGCGAAACCGCCAGGAAAAUCGUUCACCUCAUCAACUACACCCAUAACGACCUUCCUAAGAACGUCCGCCAAGGUUUGUCGAUUGUAACGAAGCACAUGACAGCAGUUUCAGACUCAAUUCUUAAGAUGUUACCUGUGGAUACAGCAAUGACGGAAGUGCGCGGGAUUCGCAACCGACUUCACGAGCUCUUGCAGCAGUUGCAAGCCACAUCCAAAACAUACCUUGAACAACUCGCUAUGAUGCUGGCUGGAAAUGAAGAGCGGGAGAAGAUCGCGUCACGCUCGGUGCAUGAACAGCAAGAUGACCUGGCGACGAUCAAUGGUGUCAACUGAACCGUAUUUUAUACAAUAUAAGUUUCGUAAAAUUUAAUUAUAAGGAUUUCUUUUGUGUAUAUGAACCUACAUUUUUUUAAAUAAAUAUGACUCACUAUUGGAUUAAAAUGCACUUAAAAUCCGACUUGAUUUAAAACAGACAACAGUUUAAACUUAUUAGGUUUUACCGUAUUGAAAAUGUUAAAAAAAAAUCAUAAAAACACGGACAAAUGGUGAUCAAAUUUUCAUAACUUUUCAUAACUCGACAUGAGAAAUUGUUCUGCAUUUGUCUUUGUUUUACGAGGUACCUAUACACUAUUGUUUUCAAAAUAUAAAACUUAAAUUUUGUAUAUGAAUCUCGUUCAAAGUUCUUAUUGUAUUUUUUUUUGUAAUAGCUAUAAAUACAAAAUUAUAUGCUUAUGGAGGUCGGAUUGAUAAUUCUAUAAUUAAUUUCUUCUGUUUUGGUCAGAAGACAAUAUUAUAUAAAUAUUUUAUUUGCCUUUUUUUUUUUUUAAGUAAUAAAAAAUUAAAGUAGCAUAUA